CGAGUGCUUUGUUUUCAUGGACCUCUCCUUUAUGAAGCAAAGUGUGUAAAGGUUGCCAUAAAGGACAAGCAAGUGAAAUACUUUAUCCAUUACAGUGGUUGGAAUAAAAACUGGGAUGAAUGGGUUCCAGAAAGCAGAGUGCUCAAAUACGUGGAUACCAAUUUGCAGAAACAAAAAGAACUUCAAAAGGCCAAUCAGGAACAAUAUGCGGAGGGAAAGAUGAGAGGUGCUGCUCCGGGCAAGAAGACUUCUGGUCUGCAGCAGAAAAAUGUUGAAGUGAAAACAAAAAAGAACAAACAGAAAACUCCAGGAAUCGGAGAAGGGAGCAGUACCAGUGAGACUCCUCAGCCUCCUAGGAAGAAGAGGGCUCGAGUAGAUCCAACAGUUGAAAGUGAAGAAACAUUUAUGAACAGAGUUGAAGUAAAGGUGAAAAUCCCAGAAGAGCUGAAACCAUGGCUGGUAGAUGACUGGGACUUGAUCACCAGGCAAAAGCAGCUCUUCUAUCUUCCUGCCAAGAAGAAUGUUGACUCCAUUUUAGAGGAUUAUGCAAACUAUAAAAAAUCACGAGGAAAUACUGAUAACAAGGAGUAUGCAGUCAAUGAAGUUGUGGCUGGAAUUAAAGAAUACUUCAAUGUCAUGCUGGGAACUCAACUGUUGUACAAGUUUGAGAGGCCCCAAUAUGCUGAAAUUUUAGCAGAUCACCCUGAUGCUCCAAUGUCUCAAGUCUAUGGUGCCCCACACCUACUGAGGUUAUUUGUGCGAAUUGGAGCUAUGCUUGCUUACACUCCUCUUGAUGAGAAGAGUCUGGCUUUGCUGUUAAACUAUUUGCAUGACUUCUUAAAGUAUUUAGCAAAGAAUUCUUCUGCGUUGUUUAGCGCCAGUGACUAUGAAGUAGCCCCUCCUGAGUAUCAUCGGAAAGCAGUAUAAUACUGUGCUGCUUUACAAUGAAGUGAUCAUUGGAUCCUUGUAAUACUGUCCACUCCUACAUCUUGUUCUUCACCUUUCUAUUGCACAUGUCUCUAUUGCACAAAUUAUGUAAACAUAAAAGUAAAGUGAAUAAAGUUGUGUGUUUAAAAUGGAACUGGCAUUUUUAAGUUCUGAAGAUUUUCUUGUCCCGAAAUGGAAGCUUGGAGUUUAACGGGAACUCUUUGGUGUUUCUGGCUUGCUACUGUUGUUUGCAUCAAUGGAAUGUAAAAAGAAUGCAUUGUGAUAUUUCAUUGUAUGAACUCUGCAGUGCUCGUGGUCUGUUUUGACAUUAAGAUUUGCUUCACUAACCCGCUUUAUUGCGUAGUAAUGACAAACCCAGACUCUCAGACUCAUGAGGGUUGUUGUCACCUAGUGUUGGUGCUAUUGAUUAGUUGACUUUCAUUUACUUUCUUGGUGUUGGAAGUAAAAUGUUUGGUCCAUAAAUGUAUGCUUUUAUUUAGAUAGUGGAAGGACUGUGACUUUUUUAUAUUCUAACAAUAGG